UGUUUCACUCGCUGAGUCGUUUUCUCUGAUCACUGAGAGAGAGAGUGAGACCUUAUUUGACAAAUAUCUCCUUCUUCUUUUUUUUUACAUCUUUUUAUUCUCCUUCUUCUUCUCUCCAGACAAGAACCACAAAACGACAACGUUUAACACCCAAACACCAGCAAGACGCUCUUCGUCCUCCUCUCUGUUUAACCGAUUUAGAUUUUUCCCUCACAACUCCCUAAAAAAAAAAAUAAAAAAAAAAUCUCAAAUCAACACCACUUUUCAAAUAAAAAAAAACCCUAAUUUCAAUCUCUACAUCUCUGAUGGGCUCCUCCUCCGAUAUCGUCCCUGACCGAUCUUCCCCCGCCGACGAGGCUUCUCCGGUCACCGGUACCAAAAUCCCGGCGGAGCUCAGGAGAACGAGGCCUUCGCGAGCCUGCACUGUUAGGGCGCAGGAGCGGCUUCAGGAGCAGCAAGCGGCGGAGAGAAAGGUCAGGCCUUUGAAGAAGGAGUGUAAACGGAGGGAAGAAGAGGAGGAAGAUGAGAAAAGUCUGCGGCAAUGCGUUGUUUCAGGCAAAAGCAAAAUCGUUACUUCUCUUGUCCCGCCACCGGAGCCUUCGCAGAUGCCGCGGUGGAAUCUUAGGUCUAUGUGGGAACUUGCUUCCGUACUCAACUUCUUGCAUGUUUUUAGACCGCUUUUGAAGAUCAACACGGAGUUUUCAGCGGAAGAGUUUGAGACGGCUUUGCUGAAUCCUAACGAUACUUUGAGUGACAUUCAUAUUCCUCUCCUAAAGGCCAUUCCUCCUGUAACUAGAACGGCCCUCACGCGUGAUACUUGGGUCACUGUCUUGUGCAGAAAAAUUAGAGAUUGCUGGCAUUGGGUCGCAGAAGGGGACCUUCCUAUUAUUGCCUCGCAAGGGCGGGAGAUUGAAGUGUACAAAUCUCUUGAUCCAGCCAUUCGUGUGGUGAUUUUGAAAGCUUUAUGUGAUAUUCGUGUUGAGCAAGAGGAUAUCAGGAGCUACAUUGACAACUCCCUUAAAACUGGUGUUCAUCUAUCAGCUUUUCGCAAAGAUCGCGUAGGGGGUGAUUCACAUGGAGUUAAUUUUUGGUAUGAGGAUGAUCCCUUAGUUGGUCACCGUUUAUAUCGGGAAAUAAGGAAAGCAGAGGUGGUUAAGGUCAGAACGAAGGGUUCCAAGAUUCUUCCUAACGUAACAUAUCAAUGGGAAACUGUUGCCACCAAUUUCGAUGAAUUCCAAGAUGUUUCUGAGAAACUUAAUUCAAGUAGUAGUAGAAUUGAGAUUUCUCUAGGGAAGAAGUUAACUAGAGAUAUGCUUCCUGAGAUAGAAAAAGAACACAAGAGGAAAGAAAAAUUGUUGAAAAAGCAACAUAGACAGGCUCUUCUCCUUGAUAACUAUUUGGUUGUCGACGGUCUUGGUGCUGGCCGUUCUCUUCGUGACAGGAAGCCAGUUAGAUACACUUUUGAUGAUUAUGAUAGGUCGAUAAACGAAGCAAUCAAGAUAACAAAGAAGAAAGAUCCAUCACCAGAAGAACCUUUCCUCCACAGAAGAGAAUCAGCCAGGUUGGACGCUCUUGCGAAUGGCAGUUCGACAUGUUUAACCCACCCAGCUGAGCCUGUGAACGAUACAGCAUCUGCGGGAUCUUCUGAUUUUGCUGAUUCUGAUGGGUUCGAUGAGCAGAGAGAUGAAUCCAUGGACAGAAGGCAAGAUACAGUUAACAGGCGCAGACAACGGCCCCAGCGGUAUUCAGCGACGGACUUUGUUGAAACUGUUUCAGACAAUGAUGCAGGAUUCGAAAGCGAUGAUGACAUUGUUGGGGAAGCAGUUUAUGAUGAAGAGUAUCUUAGGAAGCGUAAACGGAAGAAGCAAUCUAGUGGUUCUGAGGGAGAGGAAGAGAACGGAGAUGAAGAGUACAAAUGGGAUGAAGACAAUGCUGAGUACGAGGAAGAAGAAGAAGAUGAAGAAGAAGAAGAUGAAGAUUCUCUAAGUGGUAGCGAAGAAGAUAGCGAUGAACCCCGAAGAGGUAAGAAAAUGCCACGGAGAGAAGCUAAGUCAAGAUCAAGAUCAAGGUCAAAUGAUUACCGGACAGGUCUGAGACGUAGUAAAAGAGCCACAAGAAUCGAUUACCAACAAUAUGAGUUCUCGGAAUCAGACAAGGAAGCAACAGGAGCGGCUAAACGGAAACGAUUGGUUGAGCCAGAUGAACAUUCCGAUGAAUCAGGGAAUGGGAACUUCACAAUGGGAAGUGAGGACUCGGAAGAAAAGGCAAAUGACCAUGAAUCAGAAUCUCCUGAUGAAGAAGAGACUAGAGAAGUCAAUGACAAUGCAGAGAAAACAAAUGGCACAGAGAAUAAUAAUCAAGUGAACAAGUCAAACGGCACAGACCAAGAAGUUGAGGGUGCAGUAGGCAAAAGGCAUUACCUUGAUUUAAACGAGCUUGCUCCUGUAUCUGGUUUUGAUGAUGGUCCAAGUACAGUUUUGAAGGAUGAUGAUAAGACAGACAACUUAUAAUCAAAGACAUAGAGACCGUCUUAAAGCUCCCUCUGUAAACAAGAUAUUUACGAGUUAUUUCUGGCAGAAACCUCUUCAGUUGAACGGUAAUCUGCAUUCAAGCAUAUAUGCCUUCUAGUUUUUAAGUUAUCAGGCAAACACGGCUGAUAAGUGAAGUGGAGAGGUCUCUCCUGUGUAGAUUAGUUUAGUCAUUUUGUUCUUACCCUGAAAAGGAAACAAUGAAGAGGGUGAACCAGAGAUUCCUACAAGCUGUUGGUUAUGGAACUAUUAUUAGUGUACAAUUAACUUUUGUAUUUAACCAUAUGAACACGUUCAGGGUCUCUUAGAUUUUGGUAAAACGAUGCAGCUUUGAGACUUUUCUGAAUGGCGGUAUUAUGGUCCAUGGAGUAAUCCUCUAAAAGAUGUGAAUCUCUUUUUAACGUUGUCCCAUGUA